UGCUCCUUCGGCAAUGCCACAGUCCCCACUCUGAUGAGACGAUGAGAACCUACACCCGUGGCCCCACAGUCUUCUUCAUAAGUCUGCUGUGGCCCCUGCUCGCCCGGCUGGCGGCGGCGGAAGUGGACCCCAGCGGAGGAAUCCCCUAUGGAGGCAACUACAAUGGCCAUCCCAUGCUGUACUUCAGUCGGGGCGAUGUGGAGGCGCUGCAGUACGCAGCCACCGGCACUCAUCGGGACAUGGCGAGGAGGAUACGCGAGGCUGGGGAAAGCAUGCUGGAGCAUCCCGAGAUGUACCUGCCCCCCUGGAGCCCCGCAGAGUUCAGCGCCCGCUGGAACGAGGUUUACGGAAACAACCUGGGCGUGCUGUCCAUGUUCUGCGUGCUGUACCCACACAGGGCCGGGGCCCUCGACCUGGUCAAAGACUACAUGGAGAGGAUGGCGUCUCAGCCUAGUUGGUUGGUUAAAGAUGCCCCCUGGGAUGAAGUUCCUUUGGCGCACUCUUUGGUCGGGUUCGCCACCGCUUACGACUUCCUGUACGAGUACUUGAACAAGGGCCAGCAGGAGCGAUUCCUCCAGGUGAUCGGCAACGCGUCCCGCCUGAUGUACGAGAAGUCCUACGUCCGAGGCUGGGGGUUCCAGUACCUGCACAAUCACCAGCCCACCAACUGUGUGGCGUUGCUCACUGGAAGCCUGGUGUACAUGACCCAAGGUUACCUCCAGGAGGCCUACCUGUGGACCAAGCAGGUCCUGUCCAUCAUGGAGAAGUCCAUGAUCCUUCUGCAGGAUGUGACGGACGGCUCCCUGUAUGAGGGCGUGGCCUACGGGACUUACACCACCCGCUCUCUGUUCCAGUACAUGUUCCUGGUGCAGCGCCACUUUGCCAUCAGCCACUUCGACCACCCCUGGCUGCUGAAACACUUCGCCUUCCUGUACAGGACCAUCCUGCCAGGAUUUCAGCGGACUGUAGCCAUUGCAGAUUCCAACUACAACUGGUUCUACGGGCCGGAGAGCCAGCUGGUCUUCUUGGACCGCUAUGUGUUACGUAAUGGCAGUGGAAACUGGCUGGCAGAUCUGAUUCACCAAAACAGGGUGAUGGAGGGGCCAGGGCAGGCUGGGAAAGGCCAGAGGUGGUGUACUCUCCACACAGAGUUCAUCUGGUAUGACCCAGGACUGUUUCCAAAGCCUCCUUCAGAUUUCGGAACGUCCCAACUCCACUACUUUGAGGACUGGGGCGUGGUGACGUACGGCAGCGCUUUGCCUGCUGACACCAACCGCACGUUCCUCUCCUUCAAGUCAGGGAAGCUGGGGGGGCGCGCCAUCUUCGACAUCGUUCACAUGAACAAGUACAAGGAGUGGAUCAAAGGGUGGAGGAACUUUAACGCCGGCCACGAGCACCCGGAUCAAAACACUUUCACCUUUGCGCCCAAUGGUGUCCCAUUCAUCACGGAGGCACUGUACGGACCCAAGUACACUCUGUUGAACAAUGCGGUGUUGUUUCGCUCCGCCAUCUCAGGGAGUUGCUUUAAGCCGUGGGCUGGACAGGUUACGGAAGCCUGCGAUUCCAAGUGGCUGAAGUACAAGGUGGGGUUGGCGGCGGAUGCCCAGGGCAGAGUGGAAGCCGCCAUGGAGAGACAGGGAAUGGUCUUCAUCCGUGGUGAGGGACAUUCGGCUUAUAAUCCAGAGCUGAAGAUCAGAAACUUCCAGAGGAACCUGCUCCUUCUUCACCCACAGCUCCUGCUCCUCGUGGACCACAUCCACCUGGAUCCAGACAGCCCAGCCGGAGCCAUAACAGCCUUCUUCCACAACACGGAACUCCCAUUCCAGGGUACAAAGGUGGACGGUGUUCAUGGAGCGUUUGUAUCACACGGUGAGGAUCGGUAUAAGAUGUUUUGGAUGGAUGACACAGGCUACAGUAACAAAGGAGUGGUAGGUUACUGGAAUUACCCUCGAGGGUACCCGUACAAUGGCUCCAACUAUGUGAACGUCACAAUGCCAUUGAGGUACCCACACACCCGGGUGGCCUACAUUUUCUUUGGACCAGGCGUGGACGUGCAGAGCUUCAGCUUACGUGGCGACGACCAGAGAGUGGAUAUUUACCUGGCCACCAAGGAUCACACCUACACCAUCUACCUGCUGACGGGAGAGGUCAGCAGCAAGCCUCUGUUCGCCAUGGUGCUGCUGGACAACAAAAAGAUUGUGUUCGAGAAGGCAGCGGCGACGGCGGAAGACAGCUCGCCUGAGGAGGUCGAGGAGUACGUCAACGUGAUGGAGGACAACCUCCAGCACGUCAAGCCCGUCUUCCAGCAGAUGGAGAGACACAUCCUCGGGCGGGUUCUCAACACCGCUAGCUUCCGUAAGACUGCGGAGCGCCUCCUCCAGUUCUCCGACAAGAAGAAGACGGAGGAGGUUAUCGAGAAGAUGUUCGCCAUGUCCAAGAAACAGGGCAAGGGUAAAGGGGGCAAGAGAGUGAACCUUGGGGAGAAGCUUUCGGAGACUCUACCUGACAUUUUUGCACAGAUUGAGGUGAAUGAGAAAAAAGUAAGACAGAGGACUUCAAAGCGUACGUAUGAGGACAGUCCGGAGGAGGGAGAGGGAGAGUCGCGGGCCUUUAUGGAUUACACAGACGGCCGCAAAAACAGAAAGGGGGCCUUUGUCAAGGGCCGCAAAUUCAACGAGGUUCACAUGGUGGCCACGGCAGGCAGCGAGGGUCUGAACAGCACCGCCUCCUACAUCCGACUCUUCCUGCUCCUGAACACCGCCACCUUCUUUCUGCUGCUGGCCGUGUUACUGACUCGCUUCCAGAAAGGUCGCAGUUUGCACACGCAGAGAUGUUUCUACACCAUCCUCCUGAUCGACUGCUUCAUCUUACUGUACCUGUACUCCUCCUGCUCGCACACGCAGUGUUAACGCCAGGAGGGCGAGGGGUCGUCUAACUUCAGGUAGGGCUGGGUACCAAAUCAGUU